GCGAGCCUGCCGUUCUGGUUCCGCUGUCAGUGCCUGUUGAAGGUGUGUGGAUCCUGCCUAGGGAGGCGGUCUGAGCCGGCUAGGCAGUGCGCGGUUCUUUGAGCCGGGCUGGGAGAACCUCUCCUCCAGAGCGACAGAUGCAGUUUAAAGUCCCUGCCGUCUAAAAGGUUUAUUUGAGUGAGAACUCCUGUGUCUGUUACAGAGCAGUCUUCAUCUUUCUGGCUAGAUGACUUCUGUGCCAGUGAUACCAGAGGCCUACAGCCAUGUCCUUGCAGAGUUUGAGUCCUUGGACCCAUUACUCACAGCCCUGCGGCUGGACUCCAGUCGUCUAAAGUGUACCAGCAUAGCUGUGUCUCGGAAAUGGCUGGCACUAGGUAGCACGGGAGGAGGACUCAAUCUCAUUCAGAAAGAUGGCUGGAAGCAAAGGCUGUUUCUCUCUCACCGGGAAGGUGUGAUCACUCAGAUUGCCUGCUGUUCUCAUGAUGAUGACUAUGUUGCUGUAGCUACCAGUCAAGGUCUUGUAGUUGUUUGGGAAUUAAAUCAAGAGCGUCGUGGGAAACCAGAGCGAAUUCAUGUGUCUUCAGAACACAAAGGCCGAAAAGUUACUGCCCUCUGUUGGGACACAGCUGUUCUGAGAGUCUUUGUAGGUGACCAAAUGGGCAAAGUAUCUGCCAUAAAACUCAAUACUUUGAAACAAGCAAAGGCAGCUGCUGCCUUUGUGAUGUUCCCUGUUCAGACAAUAACAACAGUCGACUCCUGUGUUGUCCAGUUGGAUUAUUUGGAUGGAAGAUUACUUGUGUCUUCACUGACUCGAUCCUUCCUGUGUGACACUGACAGGGAAAAGUUUUGGAAAAUUGGAAAUAAGGAAAGAGAUGGAGAAUAUGGGGCUUGUUUUUUCCCCGGAAGAUGUGCUGGGCUCCAGCAGCCUCUCAUCUACUGCGCGCGCCCAGGCUCCAGGCUUUGGGAAGUGAGCUUCGAUGGGGAGGUGCUCAGUACACACCAGUUCAAGAAGCUCCUGUCGUCGCCGCCCCUCCCUGUGAUUACUACAAGAUCAGAGCCUCAGUAUGACCAUGCAGUCGCAUCCUCACAGUCGCUGUCGUUCCCCAGGCUCCUGCAUCUUAGUGAACACUGUGUGCUGACUUGGACAGAAAACGGAAUUUAUAUUUUUAUUCCUCAGAAUGUUCAAGUUCUUCUUUGGAGUGAAGUCAAGGGUAUUCAGGAUGUAGCUGUCUACAAGAAUGAGUUGUUUUGUUUACACUUUAACGGGAAAGUCUCCCAUCUUUCCCUGUUAUCUGUGGAGCGCUGUGUGGAACGCUUGUUGAGGAGAGGCCUGUGGGACCUGGCUGCUCGCACAUGCUGUCUCUUCCAAAAUUCCAUCAGCACCAGCAGAGCGAGAAAAACACUGACUGCAGAUAAAUUGGAGCAUUUGAAAUCUGAGCUGGACCCUACAACUUAUAGUGAACUAAUUUCUCAGCUGGAUGAAUUGAUCUUAAAAUUUGAGCCUUUGGACUCAGCUUGCAGUAGUAGAAGAAGCUCCAUUUCCUCACAUGAAAGUUUUAGCAUCUUGGACUCUGGUAUUUACCGUAUCAUCAGUAGUAGAAGAGACAGUCAGUCCGACGAAGACUCUUGCUCCCUUCACAGCCAGACUUUCUCAGAAGAUGAGAGACUUAAAGAAUUUGCCUCGCACCAGGAAGAGGAGCAGCCAGAGCACAGCUGUGGUGCGAACAGACAUGAAGACAGUGUUUUCCACAGUCCAGAGACGUCUGAGAUAGAUAAGAAUGAAGCUUUUCUGCCCUUCAGCAUUCCGCUGCCAUUUCGCUCUCCAUCUCCCCUCGUAUCUCUUCAGGCUGUCAAAGAAAGUGUUUCUAGCUUUGUGCGUAAAACUACUGAGAAAAUUGGCACCCUUCAUGGAAGCCCAGAGAUGAAAGAGAUAUUUGAGUCCAAGGAUGUCGAGCAAGCACAUGAAGAGGAAGUGAAUGCAGUUCCGUGCCCUUUGGAGGAAGACCCUGAGGAGAAAGAAAUUGGUCAGCCUCCUGAAGAAGACAGGCUUCAAGAACUCACAGCAGUGACAGCAGAAGCAAUGACCAAGUUACUGGAUCCUCUGGUUUUGUUUGAACCCAAGUCACUAAGAAUGGUUUUACAAGAGUGGCUGCCACAGUUAGAAAAAACAUUUGCCAUGGAGGACUUUGCUGGCAUUUCCAGUACUAGCAAUCUACCUGUGAAAUCGGAUCUGGAUGUGCACCUCCAUAACGAGUCAGAAAAGAGAAUAUUAGAUGAAGAAAGUGAAAAAGAAAGAACGGUCUCUUUAGGCCUUGAAGAAACUGGUGGUAAAACAGCCUGUGGCUCUGUACGCAGCCUUAGGGAGCCCUUGGGCAGCAGCUUUCGAGUGCGUUCUCCAUACACCAUAGCAAACAGCCUUCAGAAGGACCUGGUGGAACUGACAAUGUUGUGCUUGGAGCUGAACGUGUUGACCUCUGCGGUGGAAAGCAUAGGAGGACCUGUGGACAGUGCUCCUCAGCAGCUCUCUCCUGAAACCCUGGCUUCUCAGUUCCUAAAGAAGUACUUUUUCCUCCUGGACUUGAAAAGAGCAAAGGAUAGUAUCAAGCUGAGUUACACCAACAGCCCUUGUGUCUGGGACACUUUUAUUGAAGGACUGAAAGAAAUGGCAAGUUCUAAUCCUGCCUACGCAGCGCUGGAAGAAGGAGAUCUGUCCGCAGGGUUGCAGCUGCUCGAUGGCGCCGUCCCUUCCGAUAGCCCCUUGUUGAUUGCAUUUGCCACCCGGUUGUAUGACAGAUUUGGGGAGUCUGCCCUUCGAGCCUUCAUCAAGUUUUAUCCUUCCAUCUCUCCUUCGGACAUCGCACAGCUUUGCCAUCAUCAUCCUGCUCAGUUUUUGGCUUAUCUAGACAGUCUGGUGAAAUCAAGGCCUGAAGAUCAGUGGCCAUCCUUCCUUGAGUUUCUUCUACAACCAGAAUCUUUAAGACUUGACUGGCUGCUUUUGGCAGUGUCCCAUGAUGCUCCGCCAAGCACAAGUACAGUGGAUGAUGAAGGACAUCCCAGGCCCCAUUCACACUUGCUUUCCUGGGGUUAUAGUCAGCUGAUCUUUCUUCUGGUUAAACUUCCUGCAGACUUUACCACCAAAGAGAAAAUGGCUGACAUCUGUAGGUCUUAUGGUUUCUGGCCUGGGUAUCUUACACUGUGUCUGGAGCUGGAGAGGAGGAGAGAGGCCUUCACCAACAUUGUGUACCUGAAUGACAUAAGCCUGAUGGAGGGGGACAAUGACUGCCCGGGACAGCCUCACGGACACACCCAGAGCCGAGCCUCCUACAUCGGUCUAGACGCAGCCGAGCUGGCAGAGAAGAUUAAUGGUCACUGGCUGCUGCGCCUCCGGCCCACUCGCCCUUUAGCUGGGGCUCUACACACACCACCACCGCCCAGAGGACUACAGAGAAGACAGGCUGAGGAUUAUCUGUGGGAAUGUGCACAUUUACUAAGCUCACGUCCCCCCGGAGACAUACAGAGAGUUCACUUACACUCUAAGCCUGGGGCAUCUGCUGUGAUUCCCUCUGGGGGAGCACGCUUUCUGGAAAUCCUGACCCCUCUGCCUCAGUAUCAUCCAUACAGGCCGGACCUUGUGAACUGUCUCUGAAGAGUGAGUCCUCAAAGGAUGCCAAAUGUAGAAAUGGAAAGCCACAAAGAGCCAAACUCCUGUCCUGACUCAUCUGUAGCUUUUUCAGGGCCCCCCCGCCCCUGACAGGUGUGCAGCGUCUGCUCGGAGGAAGUCAGUUAACUGGGAGGCCGCCCUCCUGACUUGUUCCCUUGUACAGCUUCCCUGAAGAAUGAAUACCAGCCAUCACCACUGACUCCCAGGAACAAAGAGCAGAAGACAAGGACUGUGACAAGACUCAUGGUGCUGCAGGAAUAGGAAGAGAAGUCAAAACAAACCUACAGGCUGGGGGCUGGAGUGGGGGGCACACACCUCAAACCCGGAACUCUCACGGCAGAGGCAGGUAGAUCUCUGAUCCUAAGGCCAGCCUGGUCUACAUGGUGAGGUACAGACCAGCCGGGGUUAGGUAGUAAGUCCCUAUCUCAAACAAACAAACAAAGGCAGACCCACAUUUUGACAAUGGAAAUGCAUUUCUGUUUGUUCAUCCCUGAAUCAUUACUGCUAGGACAGUGAAAAUGGGCUUUAGGAGUCUCCGCCAGACCGCUGGAUAAGCAAGAGUUCCAAGGUAUUUCUGGCUCCCAGCCCAUCUGCACCUAGUGAAGCUGACUACAGCUCAGCAACACGCCUUUUCUCAGUCCCCUGAUCCACUUAGCUCAGCCCCCCAAAGACACGGUAAACUCUGGGGCUGGGAGUCAGUCGGUACCGAGCUUUCCCAGCGAGUCUGAGGCCCUGGGUUUCAUCCCAGCAGCACUACACAGAACGAGGCCUAGUGGUACCCAGGAGGCAAGGCAGAGGAGCAGAAGGUUAAAGUCAUCCAUGGCUUCAAAGCUAGUUCCAGGCCAGCGUGGGCUACAUGAGAUUCCAUCUCCAGGGGGGAAACAUCAGAAAACAUAAUUUUUCCCAAUUAUAACUUACCAACUAUAUACAAAAUGGAUCUCGGGAGUCAAACAUGAACAGCACCUCCCAGGAAAACAGCAUGGCCCUUUCUCUAGCUGAAGAUCCAGAGGAAGUAGGGCUGCUAGGACCUUCUCUCCAUGGAACCUGCUGCUCUCUCUCCUGGCUUUACCAUUAAUGAGAAGAGCACUUUUAAAUCCAACAAACCUUGGCCGAAUCCUUCUUGCUCAAUCUUUCUUAGUAAACAAAGAGUUAUGGGCAGGGACUAUGGUCCAGCGGUAGUUGGACUAUGGUCCAGAAUGCUUGCUGAGUUCAGUACCCAGCUUGAGAGAGAGAGAGAGAGAGAGAGAGAGAGAGAAUGUGAACUGAGUAAAUUGUUCCCUUGCUCAUAAUAGUUUUUUAAAAUCUAGAUUACCCAAAAUUGUUUGUGUAUUGUUUGUGUUUUGUGAUUUUUUUAUGUUUUGGCAAGUUUUCCUACUUCCUGCCCUAACUUCCCUGGAUAAUAAACUUCAAGCUGUAAAAUGAAAUAAACCCUUUCUUCACCAA